AUGACUUCUUCACCUCCGAGCCAGCAAUCUCUCCAAGAUAAGAUCGCUGACCUCGAACGGCGUCUUCGUGAUGCCAAAGCACAAUUAAACCAACAUCACGGUGUGGCACCGCCGCACACAACUGACAAUGGGGCAGCCCUUCACGCUCUGCUUCUGCUGUCCGACUCGGCGCUCCCACUGGGCUCUUUUGCCUUCAGCAGCGGCCUCGAGUCGUACCUAGCACACCACAAGCUCUCUCCGCCGUCUGCGUCACAGCUUCCGUUGUUCAACACCUUCCUCCGGCUGUCAUUAUCCACCCUCGCGAGCACCGCGCUCCCAUAUGUACUCGCAGGCUACCGCAAUCCAGAGGAGAUCGAAACGCUCGACAACGACUUCGAUGCAAGCACACCCUGCACAGUUGCGCGACGAGCCAGCAUAGCGCAGGGUCGAGCGCUGCUCGCUGUGUGGGACCGCAGCUUCAAGACGCAAUACAAGAGCGCUCUAGGCAACGCAGAUGCACCAGAGGGCAAACAAGCAGCCAUUGACGCUUUGACAGCCUUCUCUGCCGCCCUGCGUACCUCGCCGCAUGCCAAUGCCCACUACGCACCGCUCUGGGGCUUGAUCACGCGCAUCCUCGCCGUCCCUCUGCACGAAGCCGCAUAUUUGUUCCUCUUCUCACAUGCACGUACGGUCAUGAGCGCUGCCGUGCGCGCGAGCGUGAUGGGCCCGUAUCAGGCGCAGGCGUUGCUGGCGAGUGCAGAGCUGCAGGACAGGAUACGAGGACUUGUGGAUGAAGGGUGGCAGCGCAAAGUAGAGGAUGCUGGGCAGAGUGUGCCAGUCAUGGACCUGUGGGUUGGUCGGCAUGAGAAGCUGUAUAGCCGCAUCUUCAACUCAUGA